UGCGCCUGCGCACAGCGCCCUCCCGCCCGGAGCCGCAGUCUCGGAGCGCCCGGGCGGUUUUUCAGUUAUCGCCGGCCAGCCGCUCCCGCGAACCCGGCGUCGUUGGACUUGCACCCUGGGCGCGGACGUCCCCGGGCACGGGAGAGAGCCACGAUGCCGAUCAAUAAAUCAGAGAAGCCAGAAAGCUGUGAUAAUGUAAAGGUGGUUGUGAGGUGCCGGCCCCUCAAUGAGAGAGAGAAAUCCAUGUGCUACAGACAGGCUGUCAGUGUGGAUGAGAUGAGGGGAACUAUCACUGUGCAUAAGACCGAUUCUUCCAAUGAACCUCCGAAGACAUUUACUUUUGAUACAGUUUUUGGACCAGAGAGUAAACAACUUGAUGUUUAUAACUUAACUGCAAGACCUAUUAUUGAUUCUGUUCUUGAAGGCUACAAUGGGACUAUUUUUGCAUAUGGACAAACUGGAACAGGCAAAACUUUUACUAUGGAAGGUGUUCGAGCUGUUCCUGAACUUAGAGGAAUCAUUCCAAAUUCAUUUGCUCACAUAUUUGGACAUAUUGCAAAAGCAGAGGGUGAUACAAGAUUUUUGGUUCGAGUAUCUUAUUUGGAAAUAUAUAAUGAAGAAGUUCGUGACCUCUUGGGCAAGGAUCAGACACAGAGGUUAGAGGUUAAAGAAAGACCUGAUGUGGGAGUUUAUAUCAAAGAUUUAUCAGCUUAUGUGGUAAAUAAUGCUGAUGAUAUGGAUAGAAUUAUGACACUAGGCCACAAAAAUCGUUCUGUUGGUGCAACUAAUAUGAAUGAGCAUAGUUCCCGUUCCCAUGCCAUCUUUACAAUUACCAUAGAAUGCAGCGAAAAAGGCGUUGAUGGGAACAUACAUGUCAGGAUGGGGAAGCUCCAUCUUGUAGAUCUCGCUGGUUCAGAAAGACAGGCAAAAACUGGAGCUACUGGACAGCGCCUCAAGGAAGCUACAAAAAUCAAUCUUUCGCUUUCCACCCUUGGUAAUGUAAUUUCUGCCUUGGUUGAUGGAAAAAGCACUCAUGUGCCUUAUCGGAAUUCUAAAUUGACUCGUCUUCUUCAGGAUUCCUUAGGAGGAAAUUCAAAGACCAUGAUGUGUGCAAAUAUUGGGCCAGCAGAUUAUAAUUAUGAUGAAACUAUCAGUACAUUACGGUAUGCUAACCGUGCUAAGAAUAUUAAAAAUAAAGCUAGAAUUAAUGAAGAUCCAAAGGAUGCUUUGCUUCGUCAAUUUCAGAAAGAAAUAGAAGAACUGAAAAAAAAGCUUGAGGAAGGGGAAGAAAUAUCAGGCUCUGAUAUCAGUGGGUCAGAAGAGGAUGAUGAUGAAGAGGGUGAGGUUGGAGAGGAUGGAGAGAAAAGGAAAAAAAGAAGGGGCAGUAGCAGCAGCAGUAGCUCAGACUCCACAUGCUCUGUCAUAGAGAAGCCUCUGGAUAAGGUCUUGCCUAAUCAAGCAGGUAAAAAGAAAGUUUCCCCUGAUAAGAUGGUUGAAAUGCAAGCAAAAAUUGAUGAAGAGAGAAAAGCACUUGAAACAAAGCUUGACAUGGAAGAAGAAGAAAGAAACAAGGCUAGGGCUGAGUUAGAGAAAAGGGAAAAGGAUCUCCUUAAGGCCCAACAAGAGCAUCAGUCUUUGCUAGAGAAAUUAUCUGCACUGGAGAAGAAGGUAAUUGUUGGUGGUGUUGACUUGUUGGCGAAAGCUGAGGAACAAGAGAAACUUCUUGAAGAAUCUAAUAUGGAACUGGAAGAAAGGAGGAAAAGAGCAGAGCAACUUCGCAGAGAAUUGGAGGAAAAAGAGCAAGAACGCUUGGAUAUUGAAGAAAAAUAUACCAGUUUGCAAGAGGAAGCACAGGGAAAAACCAAAAAAUUAAAGAAAGUUUGGACUAUGCUGAUGGCUGCAAAGUCAGAGAUGGCUGAUCUCCAACAAGAACAUCAGAGGGAAAUUGAAGGCCUGUUGGAGAACAUUCGACAGCUUAGCCGGGAGCUUCGGCUUCAGAUGCUUGUUAUUGAUAACUUCAUACCUCAGGAUUAUCAGGAAAUGAUUGAAAACUAUGUCCAUUGGAAUGAAGACAUAGGAGAAUGGCAGCUAAAAUGUGUUGCCUACACAGGAAAUAACAUGAGGAAGCAAACUCCAGUUCCUGAUAAAAAAGAGAAAGAUCCCUUUGAAGUGGACCUUUCCCACGUGUAUCUUGCCUAUACCGAGGAGAGCCUGCGGCAGUCCUUGAUGAAACUGGAGAGGCCACGGACUUCAAAGGGGAAAGCAAGGCCAAAGACAGGGAGAAGAAAGCGUUCUGCAAAGCCUGAAACUGUAAUUGACUCUUUACUUCAGUAAAUGUUACAGACUUAAAGUCUCAAUAAAAAGUAGUGAUAUCCAUGCCUGGACAAAAUAUCUCAUUAAACACUGAAGACUUUUGUGUAAUUUCAAGUAAUGAAAGCUGUAAGUCAUGAAGUAAGACUGGAACUAGUAAUCUAAUAACUUUUAGUCUAUAUAUGUCAAUAUAAUAUUGAAAUUGCACAACUGGUAAUUGUUCAAAUAGUCAUAUUACUCUUCGUUUUAUACUAUGCAGAGAAGUUGGGGGAGCAGCUCCUACUACAGAGAGUUGCUGUUCAAAUAUAUUCAUAAGUCUGCUAGUAAUUUGCUCAACUACUGUACAUUUACGUAACUGGAUAUUCAAAAUAGAAUAAAAUGUAGGUCCUGUCUUGCACUUAGACAGCAGUUCUAAUUGUCCUAUGUUUUGCUGUUAUAUAUGAAUGUAUGGACUGCAUAUCUAAGAAAUGAUUCAAUCCUGACGCCCGCCGGCCUGUUCAAAUAUGUUCUCAUUUUUGUGUUAUCUUUAUUGCAUUUUAAGUAUAAGAUGACCUGUACAUCAAUCUUUAGAUGUACACAUUUAAAAAACAAAAGUUGAAAAUAUGUUUCAACUGUACCUCUCUUGACUAUUUUUGCCAUUUAGAGUUCAAAUCAAAUAUACUUUUGUUCUGAUUUUAUGCUGUUAUAAAACAUUGAAUAUGUACUUAAUUAUAAAGGAGUCACAGUUGCAGAAAAUUAAGCUAAAUACUGGUCACUAGCCUUUGCUGUAUGUGUAUAUAUUUAAAAAUUCUUUUUGAAGUGUGAUUAAUGGAUGCUUUCCUUUGAGUUCUAAAUUGUGAUGAAAAUUUAGUCUCCGUUUCCCAGAAAGUACAACUAAAGCAAGAAAAAUAGCUUUUAUUUUUUUCA